AGAAAAGAAUUGGGAGGUUUCCUUUUGUGGGAAAACAGACAAGCAAGUUGUGGUUUUGAUAAUCUCAAGGUCGAAAGCUGUACUUUUGUUUUAAAUAAUGAAGAUAAAUAUUAAAUAGUAAAUCCAUCAGCAAAGAACAAAUCCUAAUAAUAUUCCUUUAUUUUUUAUUUUGGUUCAGUUAUUAAAGACAAAGAGGAAAAAAAAGCAAAUCUUUGUCUCUGGGUGUGAGGAGACAGGUGUAGGGUUGAGAUGAAAUCUGUGGAGGGGUGCGUCUCCCCACAUAUCUUUUUGCCGGCUUCUUCAACGGCUUUUUCGCUUCAACUCACCCGUCCUUCGACGUCGUUUUUGUCCCCACCCUCUUUUUCCUCUCUCGUCUACAGUGCCCUCCGCUUCCACCUGCUUUUUCGCUGUCCUAAGAAUUUGAUAUUGGUCUGAAAUUCUCCUUUGCCGUCGUCUUCAAUCGCCACUUGCUGCUCCAACCCUCGUCGAAUGUAUGCACAUCCCAUUACCCUCUCCUCGUGUUCUGUGUACCCUUGCCUCUUUUUUUUUUUUUUUUUUUUUUUUGUUGUUGUUGUUGUAGGCUUUAUUUACUCUCUUUCUUGACACAUCUGUCACUACUCCUCGGCUUCUACUGCUUCCUGGACUUGUUCUGUUUCAACCCUUUUAACAUGAAUAGGCAAAAGUUUUGUUUAUUUUCCCCCCUGGAGUUGUGUGAUAGGGGUUCGUUCAUUCGUAUCUUGUAAGCAAUAGCUGAAAUGAAUGGAGAUAGACCAGAUUCUCAUUACCCUGAGACGGGUUUCCCGUAUGCGGCUUCUGCUAGUUACAUGGACUUUUAUGGUGGUGCGGCUCAGGAUCCCCUAAACUAUGCUCAUGCCGGAACAAUGCAUCCUCAUCAGGACAGCCUGUACUGGACCAUGAACACAAAUGCAUACAAGUUUGGAUUCUCAGGAUCAGAUAAUGCUUCUUUCUAUGGUUCUUAUGACCUGAACGAUCAUCUAUCCAGGAUGUCAAUUGGGAGAACCAAUUGGGAGUACCUUCCCAUGGUAAACGUUGAUGAGUCAGUUCCACGCUCUGUCCAAGUCGGGGACACGGAUGAUCACUCUGACGCUGAAGAAUGCAUUGCAAUUGAACAUGAUCCCGAGAGUCCUCAGGUAUCCUGGCAAGACGACAUUGAUCCGGAUACAAUGACCUAUGAGGAAUUAAUAGAGCUCGGGGAAGCGGUAGGAUCAGAAAGCCGAGGGCUAUCUCAGGAACUCAUAGAAACGCUUCCCACUAGAAAAUAUAAGUUCGGGAGCUUCUUCUCCAGGAAAAGAGCAGGGGAUAGGUGUGUGAUAUGCCAGCUCAAGUACAAGAUUGGGGAGAAGCAGAUGAAUCUUCCGUGCAAGCACGUGUAUCAUUCCGAAUGCAUAUCUAAGUGGCUAAGCAUCAACAAGAUUUGCCCGGUCUGUAACAGCGAGGUCUUUGGGGAGCCCAGCAUCCAUUGAUUGUCUCCAUUAAGUUAAUUGUUUUAGUGUAGUGAAAACUCAGAAGAAGAAGAAGAAAAAUUAGUCUAAUAGAAGAUGAUGUCCACACUAUACUACUCUCUCAUGUUCAGUCCUCUCUGUACAUGUAAUUUUCCAUUCUACUUACAUUUUCGUUUAUGUGUGUAUUGUAACACUCGUAUUGUUAUACUAAAUGCUAGCUACAACCAUAUAAGCUAAA